AUGCCGAUUUCUAGUUUUAGUUCUGAAGAGUUAUCAUAUGAGAAAGUGAGUUUAGAGGAAACAUCUGGUGAAGUUUUGUUGAAAGAAAGAGUUAUUGAUUAUGCGUUGAAUAAGAGCAAUAUACCUUUGAUAUCACAGUUAGGCAGAAGCCAACAUGGAUUUGUGAAUAAUUUGACAAGAAGGAAGGCAUGGAGUUCACUUUUGGAGUCUCAGUUGCAAUUAAGUUCUUCUAAGACUUGCGAAGUUGCUGAUUCUAAAACAAUUAAUAACAAUGAUUAUAAUGAUGACAGUGAUGAUGAUAAUGAUAAUGUAGUACACGAAGAUGAGAAUCAAGUACAAUUAGAUGUGAAGAGGUCGUUUGUAUCUGUUAGAGAUGUCCAUGUAAGGGACCUGUUGAGACAAGUACUUGAACGUGUGAUUAUUUCGGUGUUGAGAAAGUAUCCUCAAUUGAGGUAUUACCAAGGAUUCCAUGAUGUGGUAUCUGUAUUUGUAUUGGUAUAUCUGGGAGAUGAGAUACUAGCUUCUGGGACUGAUGAGAACUUAAUACUCAAGUAUGAUGAAGAGAUAUCAUUGAAAAAAUCUGUAGAGAUUUUUACAUUAUUAUAUUUAAGGGAUUUUAUGAUGGAUUCUUUGGAAUUUCCCAUAGAUCAAUUAAACAUAAUAUUGAAGAUAAUAAAGAAGAAGGACAUAAAAUUCUAUAAUAAGCUAUCACUAGGUCAGAUAGAACCAUUUUUUGCAAUCUCAUCAAUUUUAACAAUUUUUUCACAUGAACUCAGCCCAAUUAUGGAUAAUACCUAUAAUGAAACAUUGUUUGGAAUAUUUGAUUUAAUUAUAUCAACUCAAUCGAUGAACGUUCCUCUUCUUAUUUACUCUAACAUAUUAUUAGGAGUUAAAGAUCAACUAUUGGAAAAUUUCGAGAUGGAUAUUAUCCAUUUCGAUAACAAAGUUGAUUUAGUGCAUGCAAUAAUCCAAAAAGUAAUUCUCCAAUCGAUUGAUAACGAUCGCAUGUGGAAAGAAACUAUGAUAAAUACACGUAAGAUGAAUUACGAUAAAUCUUUAAUAAGUCUCAACAAGAGCAUGCUUAAUAAGUAUAGUGUUUUGAUAACGACAGCGUCAGGAGAUGCUUACUAUAAUCACUGUUAUACAGAGAAAGAAGUAAUGGAGAUACUUCGGAAGGAGAUACAACUAAAUGAGAAACGAAAUAUCGAGAAGGCUCAAUUGAAAAUGAAAAAAUCAACAAAUUCACCAGAACUAGGAUUAAUUAAUAAAACAUCAAUGACCUUAGCCGUUUCAUUGCUUAUUGGAGCAUUUGCUGUGAUUAUUUCAUUGCAAAGGGAUAAUUCAUAUUCUACAUUAUUUAAAAACACUGGAGAUUCUCUUAAUAAUAUUUAUGAAUACUAUACUGUCAAAUUGGUCAAUAGAUCUACGUAUGUUUGGAAACAACCAUUAGAAAGCAUCUUAACCUAUUUGAAAAGUAACACCACUUCAUAA